UCCUUAUAGCCGUGUUAACAGCCCUCUAACACCCAGAGAUCUCCGCGCUUCGUUUCUCAUCAACUCACACAUCUCUGAAAAGGCAUGGCGUACCACCAGGCUCCAGGAGGGACGGGCGCCUCAUCCAAUCAGGGUCCUGAAGGUUGGAGCACCAGCCUGUUUGAGUGCUUCAAUGACAUGAGCAACUGUUGCUUUGCCUGUUGGUGUUUCCCCUGCAUGCAGUGUCAGACUGCCAAACAGUAUGGCUGGUGCCUCUGCAUGCCUCUCCUGGACGUCUGCGGCGUGGUGUCCUGCAUCCUGCGCUCCAACAUUAGGGAGCGCUACAACAUCCCUGGCUCAGCCUUUAGUGACUACGCUACAGUAUUGUGUUGCCACUGCUGUGCGUGGUGCCAGAUGAAUCGAGAGCUGAAGAUCAGGGACCACCAACCAUCGGGCACCUCCAUGGUCACCACUCAAGUCAGCAGGGCUUAACGUGCAGACUCGGUGGUUUGUUGAGUUUAUCUGAUAUGUUCUGCAAACAGUUCAGGUAGAUCGUUGAUAUAGAGGCUAAGCAAAAUGCAGUUAGUUAAAAACAUACACUGGUUUGCAUUUAGUGCUUCUCAGUUAGUAAUGCUUAAACAUUUUCUUUUAUUACAUCUCUUUUUUUUUGUGUGUCUCCUGUCUGGCAAUGUGACAAUAAGAAUUGCUGUCUUAAUGCCAAAAAGAGCCCAACGGAUUUUACUUUCAUCAAGCUUUCGCUGUAGUGCUCCGCUUGAUUUAUAUAUGCAAGAAGCUUUAUUAGAAUUUAUGCUGGGACUAUUUCAUAUUCAAUGAACACAGAAAUAGGAAGGUAAUAGAAGGGCAAAAAAGGAGAGAAAUGGAUGAGACAAAAUGCCAAAAGAGAGAAAAGGUGAAAGAGUAAAAGAAGAGAAAAGGGAGAGAGCAAUAUAACAUCCCCUGAGUCUGCAAAGGGAGACAAAAAAGAACAGGAAAACCAGCUGAUAAAGUAUUACAGGUACAAACAAGCAACGCCUUGAUACCAUGACUGAA